AUGGAGGCUGAGGAUGCCAAAGCAGAGGCAGCGAAGGCAGCACGGCGGACACCCAAGUGCGACAAGUGCGCCCUCAUCAGCGAGCGCCAGAAGAUCAUGGCGGCUUAUAAGGCCCUGAGCCUGCAGGAGCCCAGCCCCCCGGCUGGGACGGCCACAGGGCCUGCUCGCCCCGGCAGAAGCCCUAGGGUGGCCGGUGCCCCUGAGCAGAGCGGCCAGGAGGGGAUGGAGGACACCCAGCCCAGCAGCAGCGACAGCAGAGGUAUGGCACGCAGAGGACCACUGCCGCCUCCCAGUGGCCCUCCCUUCUGCGACUUCGUUCACCCUGCUUUUCCUCUAGAAUACGUGGUCAACCCAGAAUACCUGGAGAGAGAACCUCCGAGGGUGUACCCUGGGUGUUCUGGGGUAUACCCUUACCACCCAUUUCCCAUGGGAUCUGCCAGCAAUCAGUCAAGCUGUCAGGGAGCACCCUCACCUCCAGGGAUACCACUGCACAGAGCUUUCCGACCCAUUCCUAGCAACCAUGGGCCAGGGAAUGCAGCUCGUGUGUCAAUUCCAGGUGGAGGUGGAGAUUUCCAUCAGCGAUACUAUGCUCCUCUGCCUCAGUUCAUCCCACCAAGAUUUUUGCCAGGGAUUCAUUACGUUCCACCUCCUCUUCCACUGAAUGUGUUGGCUGAGACAACCAAGCAAGCACGUGCUACUGAAGCUGACAGUCAGGAUUCAGAGGUGGUUCGUGAGCCUGGCCAACCAAGCGAUGUGGAGCCUGAAGAUUAA